AUGGGCUGGUUAUCGUCUCCCCUCUCCCUUCGUUUUCCCUUUCGUCGAUGCUCGUUUUCGUCUUCUGCCUUCGAUGUCGUGCGGCGGCGGCGGGGCGGGGUUUGCGUUCUCCUCUUCGGCGGCUUGACGCCCCUUGAAAUCUCCGGCCAAAGGUUUGAAAAUUUUGCUUCAAAGUGCUCGAUCACAAAUGCUGAUGUUGAUCUACAUGAUGUUUCGACAGUGGAUGAGAUCCCAGAGGAACAUCCAUCCUUUCAAUCUGACUGCUCACUCCCAUAUGUUCACCUUACGUCGGAUGUUCUUGACUCCGAACCUUUGAAUUUGUUGAAGGAUGUAAACUAUAUAGAUUCUGUUUUCGAUGAAUUGCCGGUUCUAUCUGAGGAGGAGCAAGAUGCUUUGGCAGCGACACCAGCUCAUCCUGCUGGCUUAUAUGCGUCUUCAGCUCUGUAUGCUAGUUAUGUAGCUGGCAGUUUGGUGGAACAGCUAUGGAACUUUGCUUGGCCGGCUGCUGUUGCAGUUCUUCAUCCAAGUCUCCUGCCUGUGGCUGUUCUCGGCUUUUUCGCUAAGCUUUCAAUCUUCAUUGGGGCCCCUGUGGUUGGUUAUCUGAUGGAUCAUUUUCCUAGAAUCCCUGCAUAUAACAGUUUGAAUAUUGUCCAGACAGCUGCUCAGUUGCUGUCAGUGGCGAUGAUCAUAUAUGCUCUCACUACAGCACGUCAUGCCUCUGCAUCAACUGUGCUUCUCCAGCCUUGGUUUAUUGUAUUGGUGAUAGCUGGGGCGCUGGAAAGAACUGCAGGGCUGGUUUUGGGGGUAACCGUGGAGCGCGACUGGGUAGUGCUGUUAGCAGGUGCAAAUAGACCAAUUGCACUCGCUCAAGCGAAUGCCAUGCUCAGUCGAAUCGAUUUUGUUUGUGAGAUAGCUGGGGCUUCAAUAUUUGGCACACUACUAACCAAGUACGAUACAGUGACCUGUCUAAAGCUUGCGUCUGGUCUUAUGAUGUGCACAUUACCUAUUCUGAUUUUUUCAGGUCAGCUUAUCAACAAGCUUUCAAGUGGUGUACUUGACCUCGGCAAGGUCUCUCAGAGUUCAGAACCAUCUUGUGGAUCUUCUCAUCUGCUAAUGGAACAUGGAAUGGGUGCCAUACGACAUGGCUGGAUGGAGUAUAAGCAUCAGCCUGUUCUUCCUGCCAGUGUAGCAUACGUGCUCCUUUAUUUCAAUAUUGCUCUUGCUCCAGGUGCCAUAAUGACUGCAUUCCUAAUGCAUCACGGAACAAGUCCAUCUAUUAUUGGCAGCUUUAGUGGAUUAUGUGCUUUCAUGGGUGUUGCAGCAACAUUCAUAUCUUCAACUCUAGUCGAAAAGCUUGGUACUUUGAAGGCAGGAGCUGCUGGUUUGGUAUUUCAAGCUUUACUUCUGACCAUGGCUGUUGCUGUAGUUUGUAGCAGUUCAAUUUCUCGAAAAACACCUCUGUUGCUUUUCCUCUCUUUAAUUGUAUUAUCAAGGUUAGGUCACAUGUCUUAUGAUGUUGUGGGGACUCAAAUUCUUCAGACAGGGAUUCCCUUGUCCAAAGCAAAUUUGAUUGGGGCGACAGAGGUCUCAAUUGCGAGCCUUGCGGAGUUUUUAAUGCUAGGAGUAGCGAUAAUUGCAAAUGAUGUUUCCCAUUUUGGUUUCCUCGCUAUACUCUCUCUGUCCUCGGUUGUGGGGGCUGCAUGGGUGUUCUGUCAGUGGCUGGCAAAUCCAACACCCGAACAUAGGAAGCUUUUCUCCUUUGAUCCUCAAUUUUCAUAGUUAUCUCCAGAGUAAAUAACUGCCAAAUGCAACCUCUACUGUCUUGGCAAUAGUAUCUCAAUGGUUCAAGAAGGUAAAAGCCUCAUAUUUGCAUGUCCUUCAUGUGGUAUGUAUGAUACCAAGACGGUUGAACACAGAUACACCAGCAAAAAGACCCUCUCGCUGUAUUACUAUCAGCAUUGUAUAAAAUGUACACACGUGUAAUCAUUUUUACUUAGUAACAGUAUCUUGAAAGGUCCGAGCGUCCGAACUAUACCAGCUUCAUAGAUGAGCUCCUACAUGGAUGGUUACUGAAACUCCAUGGUAUCUGUUAACACAAUGAGAGUUGCAAAAGAUGUACGCAUGUACACUCAUUUUUUACUUAUUAAUGCUAAUUUAAUUCUUUCAUUCU